AUGAAUUUGAUUGAUACACUGGAGCGCUUGGGUGUAUCAUAUCAUUUUGAAGAAGAGAUUGACGAACUACUAGAACGCUUCUUCAAACUGAACUCAAAUUAUGCAGAUAAAGCGUAUCACUUAUACACUGUUGCUCUUCAUUUUCAUUUACUGAGGCAACAUGGCUACUGUAUAUCUUGUGACAUCUUUAAGAAAUUCAUAGACGAGAAUGGAAAAUUCAAAGAAAAUAUUAAGAGUGAUACAAGAGGCUUGCUGAGCAUAUAUGAAACAUCAUACCUAAGAGUACAUGGAGAAGAUAUAUUAGAAGAUGUCAUUGCUUUCACAACAGACAUCUUGAAAUCCAUGGCGCCACAUCUAAGCUCUACCAUUGAGAAACAAGUAGCUCAUGCCCUCCUAAAAUCCAUGCAUGAACACUAA